AUGAUACUAUCAAAUGCCGUCAUGUCCCAAACUUCAACACAGUCGCCGGCUAUCGCCGAUGGCACCAGCUUCUUUCACGUGGAACAAUGGGCUCCGUCGCAUGGAUAUCACGACUCGAUGGCAUCGCUCUUGAACUACAUCCAAACCAAGCAGUUUAGUCCCACCAAAUCGGUCCAACAAGCAGUACCACCCCCAGUCCAGAGGCAGAGACAAGCAGCGUCGAAACCCAAGGCGGUAGGGCGGAAGCAACCUUCACAGCCCAGGCUACUGACAAGCUCAAGCCCGCCACAUGGACCACGCCGAAAAACAAAGGCCAACACGUCGUGCCGCCGCACCCCCAUACCAGCGGUAAACCGCCAGCGCAUCCUCGACAAGCCUGAGAUGCAAGCACUGCGCCACGAACUCAACCACAGACGCAGCUACGGCACAGACACCACCGCAACCAGCCUCAUGGCAGCCAGAGACCUGCAUGCGGCCAUCGAGAGCCGGGACCCGGGCGCCGUGUAUGCCAUGCUGCGGUCCGGAGUGGACCCGAACCUGUCACGCGGCGGCGGCGUAGUCAUGACUAGCGCCUCGGGCCGGCCGUCGACGACGAGCGUGGUCGUGACGCCGCUCCACCGGGCCUUCUCGGUCGGCUGUCUCGAGGUGGCCAUGCUCCUGGUGCUGGCGGGCGCGGACCUGGAGGCGACCAACGCGGCGGGCGAGACGGCCGUGGUGCGCGCGGUGCGCUGCGAGUUCCCCGACGACUUUGUCGCGCUGUGCUGCGAGCUGGGCGCCGCCGUCGACGCCCCCGACCGCGCCGGCCGCUCCGCGCUGCACUACGCCGCCGGCCUCGUGCACCCCGACGUCAGCUGCGCCACCGUGCUCACCCUGGCCGCCCACGGCGCGCACCUGGAUGCGAGAGACGCCGACGGCCGCGCCCCGCUCCACGCCGCCGUUGCUGCCGGCAGGGCGGAGGUCGUGCGGCAGCUCGUGGCGCGCGGCGCCGACGUCGAGGCCGCCCUGCCUGGCGGCGCGACCCCGCUGCACCUGGCCGUCCUGCGGCGGAACGCGCAGGUCGUGAGGGUGCUGUGCGAACACGGCGUCCAUGUCGACGGGCGACCGGGUAUUGGUGGGAGUUGCGGGAGCCCAGGGGGUGGUGACUUCGGGGGCGCGGCUCCGAAAACGCCCCUUUUGUACGCCAUCGAAACAGGGUGCACCGAGAUCGUGCGGAUCCUGCUCAAGCACGGCGCCGAUGUCGACUUGGGCAGUCUUGGUGACGGCAGCGCUCAAGUUUGCAACCUGAGCAGCAGCAGCACCAUCAUCACCACUACCACCAGCAAAGCCGGCACCUCCACACCAACCAGCAAGAGGAACUCCCCGUCGCAGCCCGGCUCCUUCCCGCUCCUCGCCGCAGCACGCCUAGGCAAUGCCGCCGUGGUUGACCUCCUGCUCGCGCAGGGCGCCGACCUCAACCAGGCCGACGCGCACCGACAGACGGCCCUGCACGCGGCGGCGGCGCACAACCACCUCGACGUGGUCAGGCGGCUGGUGGCGGCGGGCGCGGCGGUAAGGAGUUUGCGCGACGACGGCGCCACACCCUUGCUGCUCGCCGUGCGGGCCGGGCACGAGGCGGUCGCGCGGCACCUCCUCCUGGGACCGGUGCCCGCGCCCGCCGAAAGCCCGGUGGAGCGGGAGGGGGUCGGCGGCGGCUCCUGCGCGCCGGGGCCGACGGCGCUGUGGCAUGCGGUGGACCGUGGGCACCACGACAUGGCGAAGCUGCUCGUUGUGGAGCGGGGCGCGGAUCCGUUCAGGGUCGUGGACGCGUGGGGUUCUACGCCCUUGCACCAUGCCGCCAGAAAGGGCUUGGAUGGGCUCAUCGAGCUCGUCCUUGACCGGGUGGUAGAUGGUCGCGGUGGCGGCGAGCAUCCUGGGCCGGCGGCGGUUACGGAUAUUGGUGUUGCUAGUAGUAGUAGUAGUAGUAGUCGAACUGAAUUCACACUUUCGUCGGGGAAUGAUACCAUGACCGCAGGAGCAAAACCUCCAACGGCUCAAGAGACAACCACGCCCACGCCGAAACAGGAACUCGAUUUGGAAAUAUGGGAUACAAGAGAAGUGAAGAAAGCCACGAAAGAGAACGCAGGGACAGAGAAGCCCGUGGAACCAAACCCAACAAACUCCAAAUCGACCCACGCAGCAGAAGCGCAAGCGUCCAAGCUGAGCGCGUCCUUACUCCUCGCCGCAGCAGAAGGCGGCCAGCUCUCGACGCUCAAGCUGCUCCUCGCGCGCCGCGGGACGGCCUCUGCCCUGGCCGACCUGCAGAGCGCCCAAACCGCCAUCGGAGACGGGAUCCUGGCCGUGGCGACGGCGCAUCCCGCGGUGCUGCGGUUCCUGCUCGGCUUCAAGACGCCCGACGACGGCGUCGGCGGUGGCGGUGGCGGCAGCAGCAGUAUAUGGACGGCAAUGAUACCGGGGCGGCCACGGCGGUUGCUCCUCGAUGUCAACCGCGGCAACAGACACGGGGCCACGGCUCUGCACUACGCGGCGCUCCGGGGCCACGUCGAGGGCGCGCGGGUGCUGCUGCAAAAGGGGGCCAGGCAGUCGGUGGUGACGGUGGAGAUCUACGAGGGCCUGGACGACUACGCAGAGAGGAGGGAUUACAAGCAGGGCACCCCUGCGGGCCUGGCGAGGCAGAAAGGAUUCGAUACACUGGCCGCCAUGAUUGACAAAUGGAGAUGA